AUGACUCUCCCAUCGAAUCUCUUUGUUGAGCCUGCCUACAUUCUCACUAUACCACACAUUUCCGCAGUCGAAUUCUGCAUUCUUGGCCUGGCCUUUCGCUUUGCUUUGCUUGGCCGUGUAGAUGCUGCGCGUGACUUUACCGAGCUUUAUUACUCUCGCCCAGCACUGGAAAAUCUGAACUUACGUGCACUGGUCGUGUAUUGGCGAAUGACAGAAUUCCCCACCGGCAUUCCAGAAGACUUUACGACAGAUGCCUUCUUCGAGGACUACAUCAAAUCGUACGGUUAUGAAGAUUUGCGAUGGCCCGCCGAUGUUAAGCCACAUCAGCGCACUGAAGACGAAGCUGGCUUAAAUGCCAUCUUGUCAUCUGAUCAAGGUUCCAAGUACCGCAUGAGCCCAGCAAUCAUACCGGCUUUGGAGAUGACUGUCAAACUUGCUGAAGAACGCAAUGUUGAUCCUCUGACUGAUCCCAAGAUCAAUGAGAUUCUGGCAACAUUUCCGAAGCGAUCAUUCAGCACCUUGGAAGAAUCUUCCUUGGUCGGAUCUCCUCGUUGUGCAAGAGUGUUCAUGUCCGGAGCUUUGGCCAGAAUAUGGGGUCUGUCUGAUCAAGAGCUUGACUCACGAGCUGCCGAACUCCUCGAAGCAUCUCGACAACGCUAUUGGUAUGGACCCUCAUCUCGAGGUCCAGAAACCAUAUCGGAGCUCCUUCAGUCUUGUAACAAUGACACCAUAGCAAGAUCAGAUUUGCACUGGCAAGAGUUGGGCGAAGAGAAGCCUACCACGCUCUAUCGGUCGCCCGCUUCAGACGAGCAAAUCUCAAAUCUUGAACAAAGACUCAACGUGACUCUCCCCGAAGACUUCAAAGCCUUUUUACGCAUCAGCAACGGCUUCAGAUUAGAGACUACCGACUUUGGGGGCAUUUGGAAUGGCUACUUUCCCGGCCCGUAUCUCCGAUCUGUUGAUGAAAUCGACUGGAUUGAUUGCAGACAAUGCAAGCUCGGGUUUUAUCAACUGACUCUGCCUGGUUUGCUCAAGGAUUAUCGCGAUUCUACUCAAGCAGAUGGCGAAAAACUCCCAAAUACACCUAUCUUCACCGACGUCGUCUGUAUAGCCAACGAAGAUAUCUAUAGGAUAUGGCUUAUUCCUCCUCGACUGAUGCAGCAGAUGCGGGACCACUACAAGCAGCUGUACGAAAUGGUGAAUGACGCAGGAAAACGAAUUAUUGAGCGCGCCAUUGAUGAUUUUGCUGGUAGUCGGGACGAGUGGGAGAAACUAGACUGGGGGUGUUGGGCCAGUGGCGGUGAGAUUUCAGAGGACAGUUUCAAGAGUUUCAAAGCAUGGCUGGAAAACGCCGCUUGGAAUGCGAAGAAUGCAGGUAGAGACUAUGGCGAGGAAGAAUGA